AUGCCGAUAGAUGUCCAAAGGUUAGACAGCUUUAGCAUCGGUGAUGAUCCUAAAUCAGUGGGUGAUUCAUUGCAGGACGCAAUUGAAGGGCUCACAAAUUAUUUUGCUCCUCAAGCAAAUAAAUACUUUGAACGUUAUCAGUUCAUAGAAGCAUCACAGGUAUCAGGUGAGACAAUAGAUUCUUUUGUAACCAAGUUUAAGAAAUUAGCUUCAACUUGUGAAUUUGGAGAUCUAGAAGACAGGUUAAUAGAGCAAAUUAUAGUAAGGAGUAACUCGCAAGAGCUUAGAAAGAAGUUAUUGCAAGAAAAGAAGUUAAAUUUGCAAAAAGUUCUGGAAAUAGCAAGAGCAAUAGAAACAGCUAAUUACCAGUCCAAUGUCAUUGUAGAUGCCCAAGAACGUCUUAUGGCUCAGAUAGAAAUAAAUGGGAAACUCACACCCAUGCAAAUAGACACAGCUGCAGAUGUGACAAUAAUUUCUGAAAGAGUAGCACAAACGAUACCUAACCUAGUGAUAAGACCUUCAGACAAAGUGCUCAAAAGUUAUACUGGUACAAACAUAGAAGUAGUUGGUUCAUCACAAGUGAAAGUUCAGUACAAAGAUCAAGAGAUAGAUUAUAAAGAAGUAUUUGAAGACAGAGUAGGAACAGUAAAGAAUGCACAAGCAGUCUUAGUUUUAAAGGAGAAUGCUACUCCUAGAUUUUCUGCUCCAAGACCAGUUCCAUAUGCAUUGAAAACAGCUGUGGAAACUGAAAUUAAGAGGUUAGAAAGUGAAGGUUCAUGGGAAAAGGUAGAUUAUUCAGAUUGGUCUACACCAUUAGUUCCAAUUGUUAAGGACAACGGUCAAGUUAGGUUAUGUGGAGAUUACAAGGUAACAUUAAAUCCACAAAUUGCAAGUAGCACAACAUCCAUUGCCAAAUCCUAA